AUGCUUCCUUCCUUACUGGAGUUACACUUAUCUUAUUGCUUGACUGAAAGCACAGUAGUUCCACCACCACUACAGAAGAUUAACUUCACCUCACUUUCGGUCCUUGAUCUGUCAUAUAAUUUCUUCAAUACUUCUUCAUUUCCCAGCUGGCUUUUCAAUCUUACUAGACUCAGAAAACUUGAUCUAAGCAGGAAUUAUUUCGGUGGUCUUUUUCCCGAUGAAUUUUCAAGCCUCAAAUCUCUGGAAUACCUAGAUUUAAAUCAGUUUGGCCUCAAAGGUCGAAUUCCCAGAGUCAUUGGAAAUAUGUGCAAACUGAAGUCUUUAAGUCUUAGAUGGAACAAUUUUUCUGGUGAGAAAAUUGAAGAGUUUUUGAGGAGUUUGUCAAAUUAUCCAAAUAAUACAAUAGCAUUAGAAUCACUAGAUUUGUCUAAUUGUGAGCUUGAAGGCCAACUGCCGGCCUCCUUAGGAGUGCUAAAAAGUUUGCAGCAUCUACGCCUUUCGGGGCUCUUACUUUGGGGUUCAAUUCCAGAAUCUAUUGGAAACUUGUCAUCCUUGAAAACACUGGACCUCUCUGAUAACAAUAUGAACGGGUCCAUUCCAGAAAGUUUGGGAAAACUCUCUGAGCUCGUUGAACUAGAACUGUCUUAUAAUCCAUGGGAAGGACUUCUAACAGAAGCCCAUUUCAUUAAUCUCACCAGAUUGAAAGCUUUUUCAAUGUACAAUGAUGAAAAAGAGAAGCCCAUGUCCCUCAUUUUUAACGUGGCUUAUGAUUGGGUUGCUCCUUUCAAGCUCCACAAGCUUCAGAUUGUUAACUAUAGAGUAGGUACUGGUUUUUGGAUAUGGCUUCAAUCUCAGACUGAACUACUAGAUGUCAUGCUUCGUAAUACCUCCAUCUCGGAUUCCAUACCAAAGGAAUGGUUGUCGAAGAUAUCUUCCCAAGUCAUAGAUUUGGAUUUAUCUUACAACAACUUCAGUGGAAGGCUUCCAUUACAAUUGAAGUUUCCAAAGCUACAGAGAAUCAUUUUGGGUCAUAAUCAAUUGGAGGGCCCACUUCCACUUUGGCCCACUAAUGCCCACCUCUUAGACCUUCAAAGCAAUUUAUUUUCUGGGCCAAUUCCCUCUAAUUUAGACCAAUUUAUGCCCAAAUUGAGUCAUCUUGAUGUUUCUGAGAAUCAUUUGAAUGGUACUAUUCCACUCUCUAUUGGCAACAUGAAGGAUAUGGAAAUCAUUUCACUUAGAAACAAUCAACUAUUUGGAGAAUUCCCUCAACAAUGGAGUUUGUGGAGCAACAUAUUCGUUAUUGAUGUCUCACACAACAAUCUUUCUGGUAAUAUUCCAAGUUCCAUGGUUAUCCCAAGUUCUCUUCUACAAUUUAAGGUGAAUAAUAAUAAUUUUGGUGGUGAGAUUUUUUCUUCCUUGCAAAAUUGCACUUAUUUGGGCAUACUUAAUCUUGAACACAACAAAUUCACUGGAAACCUACCUUUAUGGCUUGGAUCAAACUUAUCAAGAUUGGUAAUGUUACAACUGCGAUCCAACCUUUUAGGUGGGCAUAUCCCUCAUCAGUUAUGCAAUCUUGUCCACCUUCGCGUCCUAGACCUUGCUCACAACAACUUUUCAGGGACCAUUCCCAAGUGUCUGAAAAAUAUGACUGUUCUAGUCAAAGCUAAUUUUUUCGGAGUUGGUCUGAUAGUCACUGAUCCAUAUGAUGGAAAAACAACAAUAACCUCCAAAGGGAAAGAACUAGUAUAUGGUGAUGAGCCCUUAUUCUUUUGGGGAAACACCAUUGAUCUUUCAUCUAACAAUUUUGAAGGUGAAAUCCCUGAAGAAGUAGGCAGUCUCAUUGUAUUGUGUACGUUGAACUUGUCGAUGAAUCGAUUAACUGGAGAGAUUCCUUCAAGCAUCGGAAAAUUACAUUGGCUUGAAACUCUUGAUCUCUCACACAACCUCCUUUCAGGACCUAUCCCUCAAAACUUUUCUUCUUUAACCUUCCUAUCUCACUUGAACUUGUCCUACAACAACUUGAUUGGAAAAAUACCUUCGGGCAACCAAUUUGAAACUUUUGAUGAUCUAUCUAUUUAUGAACACAAUCUGUUAUUGUGUGGGGCUCCUCUUUUAACUGUAUGCCCGAGAGAUGACACAAAAAAAGGACUGACUUUUCCUGCAGAAGAUCACAAUAAAGAUGAUAACGAAGGGUUUUGGUUUCACGUCAGCAUGGCAUUUGGUUUCAUCGUAGGCUUUUGGGCUGUUUGUGGAACAUUGGUCCUAAAAAAGUCAUGGAGGUAUGCCUAUUUUAAUUUCUUUGACAACAUGAAGGAGAAGGUAGCCUUAAAAAUUGCAUUGAAAGUAGCUUGUUGGCAAGGGAGAUUAUGA